AAUAUGGCAGAAGGAAAUUAUUCCACAGUGACUGAGUUUGUCCUUGCUGGAUUAACAGAGAAACCUGAGCUCCAGCUGCCCCUCUUCCUCCUCUUCCUUGGAUUCUAUGUGAUCACAGUGGUGGGGAACCUGGGCAUGGUCAUCCUGAUUGGGCUCAGUUCUCACUUGCACACUCCCAUGUACUAUUUCCUUGCCAGUCUUUCCUUCAUUGACUUGUGCCAGUCCACUAUCAUUACUCCCAAAAUGCUAGUGAACUUUGUGACAGAGAAGAACAUCAUUUCCUACCCUGAAUGCAUAGCUCAGUUUUAUGUCUUCUGUGUUUUUGUUAUUGCAGAAUGUCACAUGUUGGCUGCCAUGGCAUAUGACCACUAUGUUGCCAUCUGUAACCCCUUGCUUUACAAAGUUUCCAUGUCCUCUCAGAUCUGUACCUGGAUGGUACUUAGUGUGUAUGGCAUGGGCUUAAUUGGUGCUACCAGUCACACAGUAUGCAUACUAAGACUGAGUUUCUGUAAGGCUGAUGUAAUAAAUCAUUACUUCUGUGAUCUAUAUCCUGUAUUGGGGCUCUCCUGCUCUAGUAUUUUCAUUAAUGAAGUAGUAGGUCUGUGUUUCUGUGCUUUUAAUAUUGUUGUCCCAAGUCUGAUCAUCUUUUGCUCUUACAUCUUUAUAAUUGCCAGCAUCCUCCACAUUCACUCCACUGAAGGCAGGUCCAAAGCCUUCAGCACCUGCAGCUCUCACAUUGCUGCUCUUGCCCUCUUCUAUGGUUCUACAACAUUCAUGUACCUGCAGCCUCCAUCUGUCAGAUCCAUGGACCAAGGCAAAGUGUCCUCUGUGUUUUAUACCAUUAUUGUACCCAUGCUGAACCCCUUGAUCUAUAGUCUGAGGAAUAAGGAUGUCAAAUUUGCCCUAAUUAAGUUGCUUGUGAAAAAGAGUAUAUUGUUUUAG